AGAUAAAAAGGAUAAAAGAGGAGGAGAGGGUUGCCGUGGUGGUGGUGGUGGUGGUGGUUUUCGUCUUCCUCUUCGUGUGAGGAACGUAGCAGAGUGUUGGAAAUAUCGAGCGUGAGCGCCGGCGUGGCGCUGCUUACGACGGCGCCUAUAUAAAUGCAGAAUGUCGGCGGAUGCACUCAGUACGUGUCAUGCUUUUCCAGUGGAAGGGUUGUCCGUGAUGGCGGCCCGUGUGCGGUUGAAGAUGCAAUGCGGCACCGUAUCGUUGCCGCUCGUUGUUUUCAUUGUAGUGUGCGGUGUGGAUCUUGUGUGUGGAAUGUUCGAGCAUAGGCAUUGUAGUCAUCAACAUCUCCGUCCACACGAGGUGAUACACGGUGUCCAUAUUGAACCGGCACACGAAGUGAAAAAACGUAGCAUAAGUCAACCCCUUCGUAUUCUUCUUUCUUACGACGAAAGUGUAUUUAGGUGAGUAAACAAAGAAAACAAAAGAAAAGAAACAAAAGGUAUUAAACAUAAAACUAGGAAAAUUUUGUUAUAGGUCAAUCGAUAAACGAAAUAAAUAUAUCAAAAUGUAGCACGAUAUAUCAAAAUGUAAUUCGAUAGAUCGAUCCGAAUGUUCCAUUCGUAUCUAUCCUAUUCACGUAGUACUUCGUUAAUCGUCAAACAUGAUUUUGGUAAAUGUCGGUGUAUCACCCUGAUUGCGAUUUCAAAUACCGCGAAUGUCGAAAUCG